AUGGUGGACCUGUCCCGCUUGGGGAAAAAGUCCUUUGUCAGCCAGUCGGCCCUCUCGCAAGUGCUGGCUGACUUGCGGAACGCCGAGGAGUUGCCUUCAGCUUGUUCGAGACAGUCGAUCAAGAGAGCACGGGUUGCUGCCAUAGGGGAUUUGACGCCUUUUGGUUCGGUAGUGAAAGAGUGGAGUGUAGAAACGAAAACUGGUGGCCAGAAGAAUGUGACAUAUGUUUGCCCUGCGGCAAUGCUACACUUCACUGCCCAGAAGUGUCCCGGUUGGUCGGCAGCACUGAAGCAGCUUCUUUCCCAGAAGACAUCGACUCCUGCAUCCCCCUACCGGCUGAUAUUGUACGCAGACGAAAUAUCGCCUGGCAACGUGCUCAAAGCAGAUAACAGGCGGAAGGUGUUUGCUAUAUACUGGGCAAUAGAACUUGGCGGCAGCUUGCUGUCAGCCGAACCAUCUUGGUUCAUCUUGACGUGCCUACGUUCGAGCAUUGUCAGAAAGGAAGUUGCUGACGGAUUUGCCCAGCUGGCCAAACUGGCAUUCCUGUCAUUUGUUGAACCAGGCAUGGAUUUCCGCAGUGGGCUACAGCUAGACUUUCACUGUGGUGGUACUGGGUUCCUGUCCGCUGUGCCGACAAUUCUCGUGUCCGAUGAAGGCGCCAUUCGGGAUUGCUUUGCAUCAAAGGGUGCUAGCGGGUCACUGAUGUGCAUUUUGUGCAGAACCACGGUGUCAAAAGCGUCCACCCUGGCUCGGUCGUCCGACAGCGUGAUAGAACACACAGAACUAGACGUGCGCAAAUUUGUGCUACACUCUGACGCUACACUGCGAGACAACCAUAGGCAUCUGGCGGCCCAAUCUGCGGUGCUCAACAAGUCACAAUUCAGUAGCCUGCAACAAAGACUGGGCAUAAAUUAUUGCCCAAGAGGUCUUUUGGCGUUGGAUACUGUUCAGGCUUGUGGGUUUAGCGUCACAGAAGGUUUAUGCUAUGACUGGAUGCAUUGCUACAUGGUAUCAGGCCUGUUCCACUUGGAAGUGACAUUGCUUCUUGGGGCGCUAGCAGGGGCAGGUAUUCGCCAAGAAGAAGUCCACCAAUAUGUCAGCACCUUUGUGUGGCCUAGUUGGAUAGGAGGGCGUGCAGUCGAUGCCACCAAAGUUUUGGAGAAAAAGGUCGACCUGUCCAAGGACAAGUUCAAAAGCAGUGCGUCUGAGGGUUUGUCGCUGUACCCGGUACUGCUGGAAUUCUUGAGGUGUUUGGAUCCGAGACGAGUCACUGAGAAAGUGGCAGCAGCACGCAAAGUGUUUCAGCAUUUGUGUGGAGUGAUGGAUCUUCUACUGUUGGCUGCAAAUGCAGGGAGAGUUGCUCCAUGCAGCCUUCAGAAUGCAAUCACCCUGCAUUUCAUGGAAUUUACUCAGGUGUACGGCAAGGACUUCUUGCCUCCAAAGGCUCAUUUUGCCAUGCAUCUACCAUGGUCGCUGGAAAAGCACGGUUUCUUGCCUUCUUGCUUUGUGCAAGAAAGGCGGCAUAAGGAACUCAAACGGUACGCUAAUCAGACUGCGACUGGUGUCCCUGGGGUGGAGCGCUCGGUGUUGGAGGAAGUGACUCUGUCCCACACCAUGGAUUUGGAACAGUACAACGGGCAUGGCGAGUUGGACCUCGUAAAGGGUAAGGAAGCGUCAGGUGAGUUGCAUGCAGCCUUUUGCAAGGCCCAUCAAUUGUUGGUGGCACCAGGGUUGACCGUGGGAAGAUCUGUAACCUUUGGUCUUGGAAAGCGGUCUGUUGCUGUUGGAGACGUGGUGGAGAUCAUGGACGGUACUUCAUUAGGCAGGAUUUGCCAGGUCAAGUGCUUCGUGAAGUUUGAGGCCACCAUGUUCAGCCUGGUGUCUGUUUGGGAUGAUGUGGAUGUGAAAAGCUCUUCAUGUCGGCCCAUGGAGAACCAGGUAUGG